AUGGCGUCAUCAAACGAGUUUCUGGAGUCUCGAAGGUUCCAGCAGGGGGCUGCAUCAGUUAUUGACCGGUUCGGAGUUCUCUCGCUGGGCGGUCGAGUAGUUUCACGGCCACCGCCACACGCAAAAUCGAAGACGACACAAUUGCAGCGAUGGCAGAUUCAACAACGACUCCGUGUCCCGGGAGGACUGAAUAUGGUUGGGGUUGAACAGUCCGCCGGCCGAUCAAGAAUCUUCCGAAAAUCUGAUAUUACAAUUCGUCCAGAUAUUGUCCACAUCGCCGCCGUCGACCAUAACACGUCAUGUUGCCAAAACAAAUACUGUGCCGAAUCGAUAAAAAAAAAACAAUAUAUAAACACGACGAGUCGUCUUAUGAGUGUGUAG